GGGGAAUGACAGUUCUAGUGUCAAGCAGCCAUUUUUUGCCCUCUUCUUUCUUUUCGAUUUUUCCAUCGUAGACGCCAACAUGGGUUUCGCUACUCUCUGGUACUCGCAUCCCCGUAAAUACGGCCAAGGCUCCCGAUGCUGCCGCGCCUGCUCGAACCGUCACGGUCUGAUCCGUAAAUACGGCCUGAACAUUUGCCGUCAGUGCUUCAGGGAAUACGCCAACGAUAUUGGCUUCAAGAAGCUGGAUUAAAUGUCCGCUUCAAAGUUAGACAUGCUAUAAGUGUGUCGAACAACAAAUAGGCAUAUUAAUAUAAGCAGUCGCUUUAUGGGGACUACGUAUAUUAAUAUGCCGACAGCAACAGCAACAACAAAGCAACAACAAUAUAAUCAUUGGGAGAUUUAAAUGACAACACACCCAGAAUCAUCUGUAAUCUGUAAUAAACAAGCAACAAGGAAAGUGCAAGAAAAUGCCGGAUCAUAUAUCAUCAAUAAAAGGAUACAACCGAGUCAAAUCACACAAGAGCGGAUUAAGUGCCCCAAUCUCAAAUCAAGCGUAAUUCCUGUCUUGUAGUUGUUGCCUUCUACGAAGGUUAUUCGUUUAAAUCUCCGUCUGAUUAAACCCAUAACAAGUAACAA